UUAGACUUUAAAUUUAGAAAAAAAACAUGGUCACUUGGGAACAUCAGCUGUGGAAGGAAGUAGAGCUUACUGUGAGGGCAGGCGCCGCUGCGUCAGGAAAAUGCAGCCAGUGAAGGAUGUGCUCUUCUUGCUCUGCUGUCUCAAUCUGAUGCCAGAUGGCAGAACCCCACGCCAUCAGUUGUACCUUACCUAUGGCAUUUCUUAUAAGAAACUUCAAAAUUUAUGAAAGUUUAUAGGUUUCAUAGCCCUACAUGGCAGCUUGAGGGCUAAAGUCACCUUUAGACACAUGUGCCAGCAAUACAGACACAGCAGUUACUCAGAGAGCAAGAUUAAGAAACAAUCUAGCAGCCUAAAGUUGAAGGAAUAACACAGGAUGCUGUGCAAAGCAGAGCACACCUGACGUCUGUAAAUCUGAUUAAUCUGUAGUAUGUUCAGGGGAAUUUAGAGGAAAAAAUACAUACAGUCUCAAAGAUCCAUCACUUCCUCAUCAAAUGGUCAUAUGGCAGCACAAAGCAAAACACAAUUAAGGAAUAAAACCAACACUUAUUAAGACCAACCUGUAGCAUUUUACAUUUAGCACCAUAUAUUUAAUUCUCCAAAAGCUCUGUUGCAUGUCAUUCUUAUUUCACCAACACAGCAACUACAGCUGAGACCUUAAGGAACUUUCCCACAGUCAGACAGACAGUUAUGUGGCGGAAGGAAGAUUCAAGAGCGCCCAUCUCGUUGCAAAGCCAGGCACAUGCCCUGAACAUCAAAGUGAAUAACGGCACAGAUAAUAGAUGUUUCAGCAACCCAGGAGGAAUGAUCCCUCUGCAUUAUAGUGGCAAAGGAAUUGCCACCAUCAUUAAAUGCCAGAGCUUGACAUCAAGUCCAACCCUUUCCUUCCCACUGCUUGUGAAUUUUAAACAAGACUCCAUCCAAUCUCUACUUGAAUAUCUCCAGCAAUAGGGAAAUCCCUAACUUCCCCUCAUGACACAUUCAUGUUGUAACAACUGAUUAUUUGUAAACUCUUCCUUGUACAGAGUUUACAUCUGUUUGCUAAGGUGCUAUAAAAUCAGAUAUGAAAGCUACCUAGCCAGAAACAACAUCCAAACUUCACGGGGGUCUCAUCAGCAAGAGCCUCACAGUUCAUUGGCUUGGCCCAGAUCCCAGGGGCAGCACCAGACACCCCGAACAUAAAAGCCACAUCCCUCUCCCACUCACCCUCACAAUGAAAAUUAAUUCCACACGAUGCCUGCUCCCUCAUGUUACACUCUUCUAAAUCAAAUUUUACACCCAUUCAUCUGAUUGGCAGAGUCUCAGUCACAUGAUUGGGCCUAGAUGCAGAAGAAUGUGGGAAAGGAAGUUUGUGGACUCUACCUAGGAAGGCAAGAAUCAUAAUUGGGAAUUUCUCUAAAAAAGAAAGGUGUUCAAAAGACACCAAGAAUCCACCACAUAUGUGACAAAUGUCCACAGUGGUCCAUCGCUUGGCUGCCCUACACAAAUGUGCAUCCAUUUCCAUACUUAACCUUCUUAAAAACCUUCCAUUGAACCUUACUAAAAACCUUACUAUCUUACUAUCCAAGAGAAAUGACACUCCACCCUGUUACCCCACUCUUUCCUGGACUCCCUGCUUCUCCAAGACUGUGGAAAACAAUAGAUAUGUGCUUGAAACCCAGUAAUGAUAGUUAUGAGUUGUGUUAUCUGGGUCAUGCUAAUGUGUCUGAGUCUGUAUUUGUAAAGUGACAGUAAUGGUAUUUCCCAAGGUUGCUGUAGGGGGAAAAAAGUAGAACCUCAGAUACUCACAUCUGUAGAUAUUCUACUUUAGCAAAACAAGCUUGAUUCAUGAUGUGAGAGUAGGAAUCCUCCCACCCCCCAGAGCAAACCAUCCUUCUACAUUUACAUCCCCAUUGGCAGGACCCUACUUCUCUAUUUCUCUCUGGUGGUUGAGCAGAAAGGGCCCUUAAUUUGGAAUCAGGAAAAUCUAUUUCUGAACUAUAGUCCUUGAUAACCAAUCUGUAAGACUGAGAAAAUAAUAACUACUCACAGGAUUAUUAUGAAAACAUAAUAUAUCUAAGAGCUGUGACAAUAAAUGACAUACAUAGGCUCUUGAAAAAUGCUAAUACCAAUCCUGUUUGCCCUUUAGAUAAUGUUUGUAAAGUCCUAUCAUAGUGUAUAUUCCCUUCCCUGGUCUACUCUCCUUGGAUCCUUCUUCUGCCUAUUCAGAGGAAAAGAGAAAUCCAGAUUAAUCUUUUUCAAAUUGCAGGUGAUCAUCCCUUAUGUGAGAUGCUGCUCACAUUUUAUUAUGGAAUGGAAUAGAAUGGAAACUAACAGAGAGCACUGCACAUGAUAAGGAUAAAUAAACUUUUGAUUCAUUUGCAUGCAUGUAUGUUUGCACUCAUGUACUUACACAUACAUGUGCAUGUGCAUUGGGUCUUUUUGCAAAACACAUUUCCUACUCAUAACCAGAAAAGUACACAUGUUUCUGAGUGCUCAGGGAAAGGACUCUCCCCCACCCAUGUUUCUGAUAGGCCUUUAAUGAACUGCCCUAACUGGGAAUGAGCCCUCCAGCCCCUACCCCAGAGAAGGCACUGUGGCUGAGAGCUCAUCCCAGAAGCCAGCACUUGGAAAUCAGACCUCAACUUCACCUCUAGCAAAACAGAGGGCAACUCUCAGGGAACUUCUGAUCAGAAAGACAGCCAGCUUAGAAUGAGAGAAGGAAACCUGACCACAUAGUUCCUGUGCUCCCAGCCCAGCCCAGCCCUCACUUGCUGAGAGUUAUAAAACCCGAGACCAGAAAACAGAAGGAGCAUCUGCCCUGAGCAGCCCCUCUGAGAAGAUGCAUCAUCUUCCCCUCCCCCUGCUCUUCUUUUUCCUAUGCUUUGGAGCUGAAGCUGGAGAGAUCAUCGGAGGCACAGAAUGCAAGCCACACUCCCGCCCUUACAUGGCCUACCUGACAAUUGUCACUCCCCAGAAUGACCUGGCAUAUUGCUAUGGUUUCCUGAUAAGAAGGGACUUUGUGCUGACAGCUGCUCACUGUGCUGGAAGGUCUGUAAUGGUCAUGCUUGGGGUCCAUGACAUAAAAGAGAAAGAAGGCACAUGGCAGAAGCUUGAGGUUGUGGAACAAGUCCCACAUCCAAAAUAUGAUGCCUUUAUUAUUCAGCAUGACAUCAUGUUACUCAAGUUGAAGGAGAAAGCCAAUCUGACCCUGGCCGUGGGGACGCUCCCCCUUGCACCUCAGUUCGACUUCAUCCAGCCUGGAAGAGUGUGCCGGGCAGCUGGCUGGGGAAGAACAGAGGUGAACGGGUCAGGCUCCACCAUCCUGCAAGAGGUGAAACUGACUCUCAUGGAUCCCCAGGCCUGCAGACACUACAGGGCUUUUGACCACGACCUCUAGCUGUGUGUUGGCAAUCCCAGGAAGACAAACUCUGUGUUUAAGGGAGAUUCAGGGGGCCCUCUUCUGUGUGCUGGAGUAGCUCAGGGCAUUGUCUCCUAUACCCGGAGGGAUGCAAAGCCCCCUGAUGUCUUCACCCGGAUCUCCCAUUACCGGCCCUGGAUCAAUAAAGUCCUGAAGGAGAAUUAACCCUGGAGCCUGGGCCAGCCUGAGGGGAAAUCUGGAACUGGACCUGAAUGGGUUCUCUGUGCCACGCA